AUGUUGAAAAAUGGAUACUGGACGUUUAAACAAUUGCGUCAAAAAUUAGAAAGUCACGGUCUCGUCGUCGAAGAUUUUCCAGACGGACGGAUUCAAAUAAAAUUUGGAAAAAGCGUCAAAUCUUUUAAUCCGUGGAAAUUAGGUCAUCUGUUGGGAUACACGACAUUCUCGGAAUUACAUCCGGGUCAACAUCCCGUGGAUAUUCACGAAGGAUUACGUUACGUGACGAUCGGUUGUAAUUUAGCGAACCGUUCACAAAAUAUAAAUCCCGACGGCUAUCCCAGUAGUAUCAUAUCGUCCCUUCCCAUCGAUGGAACAAAACCUUUAUUCGGAACGACGACGAAAUACAAUGACAUCGAAAGUGAAGACUUCAGAUCGUUAGCAGCCUGUUACAUCACAACAUUUAAAUCUGGAAUUUCAGAAAACCAUUUGAAUAAUACUUUGUCCGAUUCCCAUUUGAUCACAUCCAUCGUGAAAUUCCACGUUCAUUAUCAGAUGGAAAAAUUCAUGAAAGAUCCAAAAUUACUGGAUCAUUAUUUAAACGAAGACGAUCUUCACAUUUUAGGAAAAUACAUGCCGACGACCGAGACGUGGGAACGUCGAACAUUAUCUUCACAUGCAAACAUCGGAACGUGGUAUUAUGGAUUGCCUACCGAUACGCGACGAAUAAUUCGGAACCAACGUUACGUUCGAACGCG